AUGGAAAACAAAGAGGAGAAGAAACAAAAAAAACAUGGGAUAUUCUCCUUUUUAAAGAAAAAAUCAAAAUCAGCAAAAUUUGAAGAGGAAGGAUAUGAAAAAGAAGACAAAAAAGAAAAAAAAGAGAAGAAGAGGAAAGAGGAAAAAGAAAAUGAUAAGAAGAGGCAUUCUGUUGCAGUUGUUGAAAAGAAAGAAUGUAAGGAGCCAAACAGAAAGUCAUAUGCCCAAGGAGGUAGUGUUAAUAUGUCAUCAUUUAUGAACAGCCUUCCUGAUUGGCAAGAAAGUACAAGAAAAGUUAUUACUGAUUGUAGCUUUGAAACAUUCCCAAUUGCUGGAGAUUUACCUCGGUUAUUAAAACAUUUAUCUAUUGUACGUGAAAUAUCUGAAGGGAAUUAUGAUACUCUUUUUCCUAAAGAUGGAAUUGUAAAUAAAACAAGUAAUGCUGGUGAUUGUCUUCAAGUUAUCAGAUGUGUUACUCAACUUCUUGAAGGGGAAGAACAAGCAGAAAAAGUAGAAAAAGAGUGGAAUGAAACAAUUGUUAAUGACCAAGAUAUGAGCGUACAAAAAACCUUUUUAAUAAAGAUUUUAAAAAAGGUUUUUGUAGAAGAAACAGAAAAUAAAGAAAUACCAUCACCAGUUAUUACAUUUUUAAAAGCAAUUAAUCAAAAAAUUAUUGCAAAUUCUACAAUGCAUUUGAAGAUUGUUUGUGGUAAUUUGUUCUUCAAAGAUUCUCAACCAAUGUUUUGGGAAGUAGCUUGUAUUCUUCAACAAAAGACAUAUUUAAUUCAUUAUAGAAAACAAGAAACAACAAGUAAAAAACCAGAAGAAUAUUUUAGAUUCUUAUGGGAACUAAGACUUGUUUUUAAUUCUAAUUUAACUCAAUUAGAAGAAGUAACAAUGGGAAUUUCGUGCAUUGAAUUUAAACCAGAAACUACUGAAGCUAUUCGGACAAGUGUAUUAAAUACUCUCAAAUCAAUUCAAUUUACUGAUUGUCAAAUAAAAAAUGUAGGUGAAGAAGAUGACCAAUAA